UGCAGCCGCACGCCUCCGCUAUAAAAUCCACCCCGCUGUCCUCUCGCCUCCGUGAUCACAGCACAGGCCACUCACUCUCUUCUCCGCCCCACUCCAUAGCUCACUCGCUCGCUCGGCAGAUCGGGCAAGCUAGCAAGCAAGCAUGUACCCCGCCGAGCUCGCCAGCGUGCCGUACCUGUCGGCGGCGGCUGCGAUCUCCGCCGCCUUCAGGCCCCAUUACCAGGUGGUGGCUCCGGACGACCUCCUCUUCCCGUACAACGGCGGCGGCCUCCUGGUCCCUCAGGCGACGUCGUCCCCCUCCUCCUCCUCGUACCAGCAGCAGCAGCAGCUGCUCCACGAGGCCGCCGGCGGCGGCGGGCUGCUGCCCCCGUUCGGGGCCAGGUCGUCCAACUCGGAUGAGUCGGACGGGUACCAGCAGGCGCACUGCAGCCUGGCGGAGGAGCGACGGCGGCGGCGGAUGGUGUCGAACCGGGAGUCGGCGCGGCGGUCGCGCAUGAGGAAGCAGAAGCAGCUGAGCGAGCUGUGGGCGCAGGUGGUGCACCUCCGCGGCGCCAACCGCCAGCUGCUCGACCAGCUCAACCGCGUCAUCAGGGACUGCGACCGCCUGCUGCGCGACAACUCCGGCCUCAGGGACGAGCGGGCCAAGCUGCGGGAGCGCCUCCAGCAGCUCCCUGCUGCUGCUGCUGCUGCUGUGCCGGUGGAGGACGCGGCGGCUGCUGCCCAGGGCUGCUGAUAUGAUCCACUCAGUAGAUGAUCCAUAUGUUACUCUAUUAUAUGACAACUUUAGUCCACGGGUGCCAUUUUUGUACCUCUGCUCUGCUCUGCUACGUAUUCUUUUAGACAUAAAAAUACCAGUGUUGGCAUGUACUACCAGUAGUAGUUCCAAAUAAGAGAAUGUUGGCAUGA